GACUUCCAUUUGCUCGUCACCCUCUGUUACCAUGGAGACCAUAACACAAACUCAUAAUCAAACCCCAACAUUAGUGCAAUAACUGUCACUUGAUCGCCACAAUAUAAGCAUAUUUCAGUAAGAUGUCCUACGCGAUGACGUAUCGUGCGGGUGUGAAAACGGGAAACUGGUUGGAGGACCUGCGCCUACAAGAGGUCCCCGAUCUCAGCUUACUUAAUUAAGGUGUUGCAGGAACAGACAUCAAGUUAUCCUUUGGGAGUAAACAGUAAACAGUCUUCCUAUUUCAAAAGGAUGAGAAGAAAGAGUACCUUGAGGAAAAAGACAGGGGUGAACUUCUCUACCAGAAACUAGACUUCCUCAAACAGAACAUGUUGAGACCGGUGAAUCUCACUGUGACUACAGAUGGAAGAUUGCACUUUGGGGAUGUUGUGAUGUUGGUGAAUCUGGGAGGAGAAAACCGGGAGUACAGCGCUGUCAGCAUCAAUGCAGACAUGAAUAGUCUGACCAAACCUCCUUCUCCUGGCAUUAAAGCCCCAUGUGGUGUCAGUGCGGGAAGAGACAUUCAAGCUUGCACACGCACUACCUUUAUCAUUACUAGUGUGGAUGGAAGUCCUGAAGGAUCUACUCUACACUAUGAGCAAAGUUUUGCCCUGAAAACAACAAGUGGCUUUGCCGGAGGGCUUUACUUAAUGAGUGACCGGCAAAGUUUUCAAAAGUGUGCAAAGAACUCCCGUCUACAAGAAGUUAACCUGGAUGAAGACUUCUCUUUUCUCUCAUGGUGGAAGAUAAUGCACUUUGACCCGCAGGAGAGACUUGAAAAUGAGGGUCAGCCUGUCCCUGCUAACCUGAAGGUGCUGAUUAAACACUGCAAGACAAACCAGGCUCUUGCUGUUCUGGGUGAUCAAGUCCUUUGGACCACAUUCAGCAAGGAGUAUGAGGUAACAGCUCACACCUUCUUGGACUCUCACAAAGCGGAAAAGGACACCAACCACUGGAUACUGUGCACCUCUGACCCUGCAGGGAAUGGACUUUUACUUCCCAACCACCCACAGUCAGUAGCUGACAACCAGGAGCUCAUACAGGCAAACCCUGACAUCUAAAUCGAACACAACCCACUCACAUGCCUCAACAAAAACACCACAUCAUUAACUUCACUCCGUCUUUUUCAAUAAAGGGGUUUUGGCUGGUUGCAGA